AUGUCCGUCACUAGAGGCACGAAAUCUCACCGCGGAUCCAACGGGGCCGCACAAACCAAUAUUCGAAGUCACAGGGAAACCCUCACGGACCGCCGGCCUCCAGCCGAAAUGAAAGUCUCCUCUCAGCAAAAGACCGGCCUCGAGGGCUACUUAAAUAGAGAACAAGUAGCGCCGCCGUUCGCGACAGUAAACACGGACGAAUCCAGACCAGACCCGGACCGGCAAGGCGUAGCUAACGCGGAAAGACACCAAGUCGCGACCUAA